CCGGAAUUAAAUUCGCACAAAAAUCUAAAUCUUCAUUCAUUUUGCACAUUUUCAUCCAUUUCGCGUUGAUAAAAAUGUCGUCUACACCAAAAAGGAAACCGUCCAAAAGAACUGGAAGUCCUGGUGGAGGCUCUCAGUCGUCAAAAAAGAAGAAAAGUGCGACUCCUUCUGGAGUCCCAGACCAAGAUAGCCAGGAUAUCGGAAAUGCUGCUGAAACAGUUGCCAUGGAAACAGAGAAAAUCCCCGUGUUCAAGGAUGCAAAGUUUGUUCAUUCAACCAAAGGAGCUGCGGGUAACAAAAAGACAAGAGUUUGGAAAAACCUUAAGCAGAUCGUAGCAGCGGAUAGGCAGUUACCAUGGCAACCAACAGAUACACUUUAUGGUAGCAUUGAGGCACCACCCUCGUUUAAACCAGCCAAGAAGUAUUCAGACAUCACAGGAUUACCUGCAAAAUACACAGAUCCGCAGACUAAACUACGUUACGCUACUCCAGAUGAAUACACCAGGAUUCGGAUGUUGCCUCAAGACAUCGUUGCUGGUUUGUUGACGUUGAGGAAAGCUAACGCUCCAGUUCCUUGAGAAGCAGAAUGCAGGAGGAGGAACUUCUCAACAGGUCUCGGGAAAAGUUGAGGUGCAACAUCUAUAGGCCUCGUGCUGCAAGACAUUGUUGUUGGUUUAUUGACGUUCAAGAAGGCUAACACUCCCGUUCCUUGAGCUGUAGAAUAAAGGCUAAUGUAACUUCUCAACAGGUCUCUGUAACCUUUAAAGGUGCAUUUUAAAUCUAGGCUCGGUCCGUGCCACAAGACAUUGUUGUUGGUUUGUUGACGUUCAAAAAGGCUUACAUUCCCGUUCCUUGAGCUGUAGAAUAAAGGCUAAUGUAUCUCCUCAACAGAUCUCUGUAAACUUUAAAGGUGCAUUUUAAACCAGGCUCGGUCGGUGCCACAAGACAUUGCUUGUGUUCCAUUUCCCAGACAAGCAGAAUAUUCCUUGCAAGACUGCUCAUGAGGUCUUGGUACAGGUUAAAGGUGCACAUUAAAGUGAUACUAUGAUGUGAUUUACAACUUUGCGGAAACACGUCCGUUUUUAAUUGUUGAUCACAAAUGUAAAGCUCAAAUUUUCCAUUUUUGAUUAGAUUUAUUAUAAAAUCGCUGAAUGUAAACUACCGCGACUGCGAAAAUGUUCAUGUUGUGACGUCGUCAACGAAAACGGCAUCGAAGCGAGCUGUCCCGGCGGGAUUAAACCAUCAAUUUCUAGAAAAUGUGCUCCAAUGUCUAGAAAAUGUGCUCCAAUGUAGCCCCAUCGAGCUCGAUGGGGCUAAUCGGGGGCUAAUUUAGACCCGUGUUCAACACAGGUUUUUUGAUAGGUGGAAUCUGAAUAGACACGGCAAUUGCAAGUUCUAAGAUCCGGUGACAGAUGGCGCGGUGUAGUUGCCUCGGUAUUGCGCAUGCGAAAUUCCCCUCCAACCGGAAAGAAACACAGGAGAGCUCCCUACCUACAGCGCACUUGUCGCCGGGGCUAUUAACCAUUAUCUAACACCACUGAUAGGUGUAAGUGCUUCCCGGGUUUUUUGACACACGGCGAAGACAUGGGUCUUGAAAAAACACGGGGUUUUAUGAUAGGUGGAACUGCGACUUAUGUCACUAAACUAAAAUGUAGAUUUAAAAGUCAGGACUGAGGAAUUCUUUAUAACUACAUUCAUGUUUGCCGAGAUCUGGCUAAACAAUCUGAAAGUUUGAGUGAAGAAAGUUGGACUUAAAGGCCCAGAAUUAAUCCUACGACUGAUGCUAUUUCAAAAUAUUGAACAGGACACUGAUGUCUUUCAAAAAGCAUGAUGUUCAGGCAGGUCUUAGUUUCCAAAGAAAUAGUGUCAAAAUCAGUUGGUUGGGGAAUGAUCUUGAAGGUUUUGUUCCACAACCAGGGAGAAAAUAUUUUGUCAACUGUCGCAUUGAGCAACUUUUGUAAAAAUAUUUGACAGAAAACUGGAAAUUCUAAGCUUUCUAGCUAAAUGAAAUGAUGCAUAGUCUUUAUCAAAAUGUUUUUGUCUUUGUUGAAUGUAAUAAGUACUGAAAGUGGUAGAAGGCAUGUACCUUGGGAUUUUAAGCCAGGUCUUCUAUAUCCUUAAUUCUAGUGGUGAAACAUUAACCCAAGCAGCCAACUUUAUUUAUGAAGCCUCUACAUAGCUUUCCAUCAAAACUAAAACUUCCAUCGUGCCUGCUUCCAUUCCACUGUUUCAUCUUUUGUAAUAUACAUGUACAUAUUUUAUAACGCAUUUAUUUUGCUGUUAGUGUUAUAUGAUUUCUCUGUAGACUCUAACGUUUUUUUGUUGUUUUUUUUGUUAUCAUUUGUACCGGUAGUCACAUCACCUCCGCACGCUGAUGGUCAGGGUACAUUUCCUAAGACAGAUCCCUGCCUGUUUUACUUUCCUCUGCAUCUUCUCUCUAUCCCGCACCAGUUUAUUGUAUUUUCUAAACCUAUAUGAAUGUAGUAUUCAUCUGGCUCAAUAAACUGCUUUGAAU